GCCCUUUGUAUCAUUUAUAAAUGGAGUUAGGGUUUUACAUCCCUUCCAGCCGUCUACAUUCUCAAUACGCAGCAGCCGAAGAAGCUCUCACAUCACCGAGUAAAUCCCGAUCCAGUUGCUGUUUGCCAAGAUGCAGAAUGAGGAGGGACAAAACAUGGAUCUCUACAUCCCAAGAAAGUGCUCUGCUACUAAUAGGUUGAUCACUUCAAAGGAUCAUGCUUCUGUUCAGAUCAAUGUUGGUCAUUUGGAUGAGUCUGGUCGCUACACUGGCCAGUUUUCCACUUUUGCCCUCUGUGGUUUUGUCAGAGCCCAGGGAGAUGCCGAUAGUGCCCUUGACAGGUUGUGGCAGAAGAAGAAAGUUGAAGCUAAGCAAUAGUUUCUUUCAUGGUGACAAAAUGGCAAUUUUCAUUUUCAUGUCUUACAUUUCAGUUAUUAGAAGCAUGAAGGAUUAUUAUAUUACAUGAAGUUUGUAGUUCAACUUUUGAUUUCAUUUGGGUUAUGACUUAUUACAUUGAGUCAGAAUUUUUA